AGGGCAAUAGUCUUAUUAAUAAAAUUGCGACAUAAAUCACUUGUGCGAAUAAUAUGCUACGGGAAGGGGGAAGAAAAAGGAAGCUCUUGUUGCCUCUGCUCUGCUUUGCACCUUCAUCUCAAUGAGGAAACAAGGAUACGAGAUAGUAGCCAGAGGCAUCACCUACACGAUCCAGAGUUGUCACCCAAGCCACCGUUUUUUCAAAAAGAUAUGGAGCAGCGACGAACCUGCCGAUCCCGAGUUUCCCAUCCGGCAGCCACCCGCCGUCCGUCAUGUCCUAAACAACGUGACUUGCCGCGCCAAGCCGUGGGAGAUCCUUGCCGUCGUCGGACCUAGCGGUGCCGGCAAGUCCACCCUUCUUGAGCUACUUGCGGGCCGCAUACCACUUCCUCCACCCCCUGCCACCAUCCUUGUCGACGACCUCCCCCUUUCCAAGCGAUCCUUUAGCCGCAUUUCCGCCUUCGUUCCGCAAAAAGACUGCCUUUUCCCACUCCUCACGGUACGCGAAACUAUCGCCUUCACCGCUCGCUUACGCCUCCGUCUGACCAGCACAGAACUUCGCCCACGCGUGGAAGCCCUCCUCGUCGAGCUUGGUCUCGCUCCAGUUGCUGCCUUACGCGUUAGCUCUAUCUCUGGCGGAGAGCGCCGCCGCCUUUCCAUUGCGGUCGAGGCUGUCCACGACCCAGCUGUCCUAAUCCUGGACGAGCCCACCUCUGGUCUAGAUUCGAGCUCUGCGCUGCAGAUCGUAGACAUGCUCCGCUCCAUGGCCGAGUCGCGUGGACGAACCGUCGUUCUCAGUAUUCACCAGCCAUGCUCACGCAUCGUGAAACUCUUUGGUUCACUUCUCCUCCUCUCCGAAGGCAAAGUCCUCCACCACGGCACCAUCGCCGACCUCAUAUCCCGCCUCGCCGCUGCCGGCCACCCCCUUCCAGCCCACACUAACCCCGUGGAGUUCGCCAUUGAUUCGAUAGACUCUCUCUCGCAACUCCAACGAAAUGAAAAAGCAGACCACUGCACCCUGCAGCAGCUCUUCCAAAUCCAAAAGGUCGCUGAUAGCCAUUCCGAGUUGUUCAACCUUGAAUUUGACUACGCCAACAAUCCAGCUGUCGAAACAGCGAUACUUACUCUGCGUUUCAUGAAAAACGUAUCCCGCACAAAAGAACUAUUCACUUGCCGGACUAUUCAGAUGCUUCUGUCAGGCCUCGUGCUUGGCUCCAUCUUUUUUGACCUUAAGUUCGACAUUGCCGGCGCGCGAGAUCGUGUCGGGCUCUUCGCUUUCAUCCUCACCUUCCUACUCUCCUGCACCACAGAAGCUUUGCCAAUUUUCUUAAAAGAGAGAGAGAUUCUUAUGAAGGAAACUUUCGGCGGAGCUUACAGGGUCUCUUCCUACGUAAUAGCAAAUGGACUUGUCUUCUUGCCUUUCCUUUUUAUCUUAGCGUUUCUUUUCGCCUCGCCGGUGUACUGGCUCGCAGGUCUUGAUCGGAGUCUGUCCUCUUUCGCUUUUUUCUUGCUGCUUAUAUGGCUCAUCCUCUACACAGCAAACUCUGUGGUGGUCUGCUUUAGCUCCCUCGCACCCAACUUCAUCGUGGGGAACUCUGUUAUCUCCGGCGUCAUGGGAUCCUUCUUCCUCUUCUCUGGGUACUUUAUAAGGAAGGAGGAAAUGCCAGGUUGUUGGGUGUUCAUGAACUAUCUUUCAUUGUUCAGAUAUCCAUUUCAAUCGUUUCUGGUCAACGAGUUCUCGGGCGAGGGCAAGUGCUUGGAGGAGAAAUUUGGAGUUUGUCUCUUGGAUGGAGAUGCGCUGUUGAAGAAGGAGGGUUUGGGGAGUGCCAAGAGGUGGAAAGACGUGAUGGUGAUGGUAGGUUUCAUACUGGGUUACAGGUUUUGCUCCUUCGUGAUACUUAAUCUCAGGAAUAAGCGCGCGAAGAAAGGGAGCCUCAAAAAGGCUUUCUUCGAUUUGUGAAGAGUUUUAGUUCGUUUGGAUUUCCGACCCUUUUCUUUCUUUUUUUUUUGUUGUAGUUAUUAGGACUUUAAGAUG